AUGACGAACUGGGAGAAAGGCCACUACAUCAACUACAAGAAGAUGUCGGAAAACCUAGCCAUUGUCCGAAGCAGACUCAACCGCCCUCUCACCUAUGCAGAGAAGAUUCUGUAUUCCCACUUGGAUGAUCCGCACGGGCAAGACAUCGAACGUGGAGUUUCCUACCUCAAACUCAGACCCGAUCGAGUCGCCUGUCAAGAUGCUACCGCACAGAUGGCCAUCCUGCAAUUCAUGUCCGCUGGCAUGCCCUCGGUUGCUACGCCGACCACCGUCCAUUGCGACCAUCUUAUUGAAGCCCAGGUUGGUGGAGAUAAGGAUUUGGAAAGAGCCAAGGAUAUCAACAAAGAGGUCUACGAUUUCUUGUCGACUGCUUGUGCGAAGUACAACAUCGGCUUCUGGCGUCCUGGCUCAGGGAUAAUUCAUCAAAUUGUCUUGGAAAAUUACGCAUUUCCCGGCGGUUUGAUGAUUGGAACCGACUCUCAUACCCCCAACGCUGGUGGUCUCGGUAUGGCUGCAAUUGGUGUUGGUGGAGCCGAUGCGGUCGACGUGAUGGCCAACCUGCCUUGGGAAUUGAAGGCACCCAAGGUUAUUGGUGUCAAGCUGACUGGUGAAAUGUCUGGAUGGACUGCUCCAAAGGAUAUCAUCCUCAAGGUGGCAGGUAUCUUGACUGUAAAGGGAGGUACAGGAGCGAUUGUCGAAUAUCAUGGUCCGGGUACCAACAACCUUUCGUGCACCGGGAUGGGUACCAUCUGCAAUAUGGGUGCCGAGAUUGGAGCCACUACUUCUCUCUUCCCUUUCAACGACCGCAUGUAUGAUUACUUGGUUGCCACGAAGCGCAAGCAUAUCGGCGACUUCGCUCGUUCAUACGCUGCUGAGCUCCACGAAGAUGAGGGUGCCGAGUACGACCAAUUGAUCGAAAUUAACCUUUCCGAACUGGAACCUCAUAUCAACGGCCCAUUCACUCCAGAUCUGGCCACUCCCAUCUCCAAGUUCGCAGAGGCAGUCAAGGACAACAAAUGGCCUGAGGAGUUGAAGGUUGGGCUGAUCGGCUCCUGCACAAACUCUUCGUACGAGGACAUGAGCCGCGCUGCAUCGAUUGCUCAGGAUGCGAUGGACCAUGGUGUCAAGGCCAAGUCUCUAUUCACUGUCACCCCUGGUUCUGAGCAAAUUCGCGCCACCAUUGAACGAGACGGCCAGCUCAAGACCCUCGAAGACUUUGGAGGCAUUAUCCUUGCUAACGCCUGCGGCCCGUGCAUUGGCCAAUGGGAUCGAAAGGAUGUCAAGAAAGGCGAACCCAAUUCCAUCAUAUCCUCAUACAACCGAAACUUCACCGGCCGCAACGAUGCCAACCCUGCCACUCACUCAUUCGUUACGUCCCCGGAUUUGGUUGUGGCCAUGACCAUUGCAGGAAAUCUCAACUUUAACCCUCUCACCGACACACUAAAGGACAAGGACGGCAACGACUUCAAGCUCAAGCCGCCGACUGGUGAGGGUCUGCCUCGAAACGGAUACGACCCAGGUCGUGAUACAUACCAAGCGCCGCCCGAGGAGCGUGCGCAAGUGGAAGUGAAGGUGUCUCCUACGUCUGACCGUCUUCAAAUCUUGGAGCCUUUCGAGGCGUGGAACGGCAAGGAUUUCACUGACCUCCCCAUUCUGAUCAAGACCAAGGGCAAGACCACCACCGAUCACAUCUCCAUGGCUGGGCCUUGGCUCAAGUACCGUGGUCACCUUGACAACAUCUCCAACAACAUGCUGAUUGGCGCCAUCAACGCCGCGAACGGCGAAGCUAACAAGGUCAAGAACUUCAAGACCGGUGAAUGGGAUGCGGUUCCUGCCACUGCCAGACAAUAUAAAAAAGAUGGAACGAAGUGGGUCGUGAUCGGAGAUUGGAACUAUGGUGAAGGAUCCUCUCGAGAGCACGCUGCUCUUGAACCCCGACACCUUGGAGGUAUUGCCAUCAUCACCCGAAGUUUCGCUCGUAUCCACGAGACCAACUUGAAGAAGCAAGGCAUGCUGCCCUUGACGUUCGCCAACCCCGAAGACUACGACAAAAUUAACCCUGAUGACAAGGUCGACUUGUUGGUCACUGACUUGGCACCCGGCAAGCCUGUGACCAUGAAAGUACACCCCAAGGACGGCAAGGAAUGGGACUGCGAGUUGCAGCACACAUUCAACGAGGGCCAGAUUGAGUGGUUCAAGAACGGCAGUGCCCUGAACACCAUGGCCAAAAUGCACGGCCACCGCUAA